AUGGCGGCCCCCUUGUGUCACUUUUACCAGGUAUAUUUAAGAAGAUACUCUUUGGCAGUCCCUUCAUCUUUCUUACUGCUGCACAACAGAGCAAAUGUCUUCAGAAUACGGAGCAUUCUCAAAAGCUCUCUUCAGGUGCCUCAGUCCUCACAUCUGCAGGCGAGAUAUUUGUCAGGGGAGAGGGGUGGAGGAAGGAAAGGUUUCCUCAGUGAAUUCCUCGACAACUUGAAGCAGGAGAUGAGCAAAAACAAGGAAAUGAAAGAAAACAUCAAAAAGUUCCGGGAGGAGGCCAAGAAACUUGAGGAAUCGGACGCACUGAGGCAGGCGCGCAGGAAAUAUAAAACAAUAGAGUCCGAAACAGUAAAGACUUCUGAAGUUCUCAAAAAGAAAUUGGAAACAUUCUCAGACACAGUAAAGGAGGGGCUGGAGGAGGUCACACGUACAGAAUUUGGAAAGAAGAUAAAAGAGGGAAUGGAGGAGGCUGCCAAAACAGCAAAGACCUCAGCAGAGAGUGUCUCAAAGAGUGGAGAGAUGUUGGGAAAGACUGGUGCAUUUAAAGCUAUAUCACAGGGUAUGGAAAGUGUAAAAAAAGAGAUAGGAGACCUCGGCCACACUGGACCGUAUCGGCCUCCUGCUCGACUCAGGAAGAGAAGUGAAUUCUCCUCAAAGGGAACCUCAGAUGGCAACAAGGUCUUUGAAGCCAACGAGGAAGCCAUGGGUAUGGUGCUCCACAAGGACUCCAAAUGGUACCAGCAGUGGAAAGACUUUAAAGACAAUAACGUUGUCUUCAAUAGGUUCUUUGAAAUGAAGAUGAAGUAUGAUGAGAGUGACAACGCUUUCAUCAGAGCAUCACGGGCCGUCACUGACAAAAUGACCGACCUCAUAGGUGGACUGUUUUCCAAGACUGAAAUGUCUGAGGUACUGACGGAGAUUCUGAAGGCGGAUCCAACCUUUGAUAAAGAUUCCUUCCUCAAACAGUGUGAACAUGACAUCAUCCCCAAUAUUUUGGAGGCAAUGAUCAGAGGGGAGCUGGAGGUGUUGAAAGACUGGUGUUAUGAAGCGACAUACAGUCAACUAGCACACCCAAUCCAGCAAGCCAAGGCCAUGGGAUUUCAGUUUCACUCAAAGAUCCUGGACAUUGACAGUAUUGAUCUGGCCAUGGGUAAGAUGAUGGACCAGGGACCAGUAUUGAUUAUCACCUUUCAAGCUCAGUUAGUGAUGGUAAUACGAAACACCAAAGGAGAGGUGGUGGAAGGUGACCCGGAUAAAGUACUGAAGAUGAUGUACGUGUGGGCCCUCUGUCGAGACCAAGAGGAACUCAACCCGCAUGCUGCUUGGAGACUUCUUGACAUUUCUGCCUCAAGCACCGAACAGAUCCUUUGA